AUGCUACGCAACUCGGUGUGCACCUCCGCCGCUUUUGACGCGGGUAAGGCCAUCAUCGUUGACACGGCGUGCGAGAACAAUGCGGCCAACAUGGGCGAUCUCGUCCACUACACCUGUCCCGUCCAGCUGGACACGGCGGAGGUCACUGAGAGCGUCACGGGCGCGACCAUCCCCGGUGCACUGAAGGUGACCUCGACAGUCCAGAUGUAUCUAUGGACCGAACAAACCUACAGCCAGGAGGAGAAGGACAACCUUGGCGGGACGACAACAAACGCGAAGGACCCCGGCCCCAAUUGCCUGAACUCGCAACCGUCGGCGUCGGAUCUGUCGCUCGACACCUCUGGGCUGGGCUUCUCGCAGAGCUACGCGCCGAGUGUUGACCUCGGCGAACCAGUCGCCCAGUUUGCGCUCACCCAGGAGAAGUUGCAACAGACGAUGGACAUGGGCCCCGCGCCGAUCGAUAUCCCGGCGCCUGCAGGCUGGGCGCAGACGCAGGAGGGUGUUCAGAGCAACGACCCGAUGGCAGGGCUGAUGAGCCAGACGGGGCCAACGGAGGGUGCGGUCUACUACUAUAAGACUGGGGACGGCCGCAUCUACACCCCAAACUCGGCGCAGCUGGGAGACCGCCAGCUGACAAUGCAGGCGUACACUGCGGAGAGCGUCUCGGGGAUUGGUAAGCAGCUCGCGGGCUCGCCAGGCGCCCUCGAGCCGUACGAGGCGGGCGGUGGGUGGUUCCCUCCGUGCAAGCCGCGCGAGCUGGAGUACUAUAUGGGGAAGGCGCUCUCGCCAGCAGAGAUGUUUGGCGUGCUCAAGGCGAACCUCGACUCGAUGACGAUGCUGGUCCGGCUCCUAUGCUACGGCAUCUUCUUUGCGGGCUUCAUGAUGAUCGGAGGCCCUCUUGCCGUUGCGCCCCAGAUCGUCCCGUGCGUCGGCGAGUACAUCGCCGGUGUCGCGCAGUGCAUGGUCGCCUGUGUGGCCGCAGUCUUUGCGCUCGGGCUCUGGGCGUUCUCCACCGCCAUCGCCUGGCUCUUUUACAACCCCGUGUACGGCAUCGCCCUGCUGGUCGUCGCAGCUGAGGACUCCUGCUGGAGCUCUCUGAGCCCGCUCUCGCUCCAGGAGAGGGGAGUAUCGCUCUUGCCUGUCACCUGUGGGCGCGGCGCAGCUCCCCCGGGGGCAGCGGCAGGGCCAGGCGCACUCCCGUUGCAGUGCAUGUAA